AUGGCACUUGUACCCAAAAGAAUUCGGAAGAAUCAUGCUGACCAAAGCUCACCUGCUAGCGUGUCCACGUCCUGCCAGCCAAGUGAAGCCGGGAAAGACGGUGUUUUUGUGGAGGGUGCCAUACUUCGCAUCACAAUGAAAAACUUCCUGACUUAUGACUAUACCACGGUUCACCCCGGACCAAACCUAAACAUGGUUAUUGGAGCAAACGGAACUGGCAAAUCCAGCAUUGUUUGUGCCAUCUGUCUGAGUCUGGCAGGCAAGACCACCCUCUUGGAUAGAGGCGACAAGGUUGGAGGCUAUGUGAAAAGAGGACAUGACAGAGGAUUUGUUGAAAUUGAACUUUUUAAGAGUGGUGGAAAUGUAAUAAUAAACCGAGAGAUCUACGCAGCGAACAACCAGUCAGUGUGGAGGGUGAACGGAAGAUCUUGUAAUCAGAAAAUAGUGGAGGAGGAGGUCAAGGCUUUGCAUAUUCAAGUCAACAACCUUUGCCAAUUCCUGCCCCAGGAAAAAGUGGGUCAAUUUGCCAAAAUGUCCAAAAUUGAAUUGCUUGAGGCAACUGAGAAAUCUGUGGGUCCCCCGGAGAUGUUUGAAUAUCACUGUGAUCUCAAAAACGUUCGCAUCAAGGAGACAGAAAUGGAGAACGCGAUAAAGGAGAGGACUAGCUACCUGGAGAAAACCAAGCAGAUAUACGAGACAAAUAAAGUUGACGAGAACCAUUACUAUGAGAAGCAGAAGCAUCUGGAAAUGAUUCAGUUGCUUGAGAAGAAGAAACUCUGGGUGGAGUAUGAAACCAGCCUCCGGGAGCUUGAAGGUGUGAAGAAAGAACGAAAUGAGGUUAAACAGCGGCUAGCCAUCCUGAAGAAGAACCAAACACCCAUGUUGUCAAAGCGCCAAUCAAUUGCAAUGCAGCUAACGUCCAAUGAUGCAAAAAUCAACACACAGAGCACUGCCAUCAGAGAAACUUCCUUGAAACAUAAACAGAAGCAAGAUCAGUUGGAUAAAAGUAAUCAAGAGAUCGAAGACAUAAAACAUGCCUUCAAAAUGAAGCAGACAGAAGAGGAAGAUCAGAAGAAGGAAAUCGUAAAGAUGAAAAAGGAGAUCGAAAACCUAAAAGUAGAGCUUGCCAAAAUUGAAAACCAACCAGACGUAACACCGAGGAUCACUGAGGUCAAUGCCGAGUUGAGGCAAAUCCUUCAGGAGAGGGGAAAGGUAGAAGAAGAGAAAGCAAACAUGUGCAGAGAGAAGGGCAAUCUGACUGCUGAGUUAAGAAUGUUGGAGAAAAAGCUCAGUGACAUGAAUAACAUGAUGAAGGUUAAAGAGGAGAACCUGCGUAGAUGCCACAGUGACACAUUUGCAGCUGUGCAGUGGUUGAGGCAGAACAGACACCUAUUCGCUGGAAACAUCUUUGAGCCUUUGAUGCUUGUGAUCAACAUGAAAGAUAUUCGCUUUGCCAAGUACCUGGAGAGCCACAUCUCCUUCAAUGACUUGAGGGCGUUUGUCUUCCAGAGGAAAGAUGACAUGAAAAAGUUCAUGGAUGAGGUGCGUGACAACAUGAGAUUGAGAGUCAAUGCGAUUGUUGCACCAGCUGAGUCGUGUGCAAGAACUCCUUCAUCACAGCCUAUUGAGUCCUUGAGGCGUUUUGGGUUCUUUACCUAUUUGCGUGACACCUUUGACGCACCGGAAGAGGUUAUGAGUUACCUGUGUAUGCAACUUAAAGUGCACGAGAUCCCCAUAGGCAAUGAGAAGACGGAAUCCAUGAUAACAGAGAUAACAAAGGAGCUCCGCAACAUCAGAGUACUGUACGCAGGUGACCAGAAAUAUGAAAUGAAGCAAUCUUUCUACUCCAAGCUUACCUCUACCAGAAACACAACAGUAAAUCCACCCAAAUACCUAAGCGUCACAGUGGAUGCUGAGCUGAAAAGGCAACUGGAGCAACAAAUGAAGGUUUGCCAGUCAAGGUUGCGAAACAUUGAUGAGCAGUUGAAUUCAAUUCAAAAAGAAUCGACCGUAUUGGAUCGUCGUGACAACGAACUGUUGUCAGAGAAGAAGACCCUCUCAGAAUUAAAGGGCAAAAAGAGACAUCUGGAACAAAAACUCAAAAUCAAACAGGACAGGCUGAAGCAUUUGAGUAACAGUAGAAUUGACUUGAAGAAGGCUGAGGCGGAGACAAAAAAGAAACUAAUUUCUGUCAAGUCCCAGAAGAAAUCCAUGGUCACUGCAUUAUUGGAACAAAUUAAGUUGCAAGCCAAGCUGACCAUGGAGAAGGUGUACCUGGAACUGGAGGUGGUGGGGCUGUUGGCAGAGAAGACCAAGGUGGAAAAUGCUUGCAGAGAAGACACAAGCAGAUUCGAAGCCCUUAAGGAGCAAUGUCGCCAGCUAGAGGAAAGUACAGUCCAGCUGACCAAAAGAUGCAAGGAGCUCAUGAAGAAAUGCGGAAUGCAGCCCGAUGAGGCUUUACCAAAAGCUUUCAAUACGCUGCCUGACACGCUGAAUGAGUUGGAAGCUAUGUUGAAUGAACAACAGGCCAGAGCCGACUGCUUUCCCGGACUCAGUAAAAAGGUUGUUGAGGAGUGCAAGAAGCGAGAACAGGAAAUAAAAGAGCUGGAACAAGAGCUGAUUGAGAAGAAUGCAGCCUUAGCAUCUUUAAGAAAGAAAAAGUUACAGGCUAAAGAAAGCUGGCUCAACCCGCUGAAACAGCUGGUGGAACAAAUUAACGAUAAGUUCAGCGAUUUCUUUCGCGCCAUGAAGUGUGUAGGAGAAGUGGAUUUGCACAUUGAAAAUGAGGAGGAAUAUGACAAGUAUGGCAUCACCAUUCGGGUCAAGUUCCACGAGAGCAGUCAGCUACAUGAGCUGACGCGAUUCCAUCAGAGCGGAGGAGAGCGCAGCAUGUCCACCAUGUUGUACCUAAUGGCCCUUCAGGAGCUCAAUCGCUGCCCCUUCAGAGUGGUAGAUGAGAUCAAUCAGGGAAUGGAUCCCAUUAAUGAGAGGAGAGCCUUUGAGAUUCUGGUCCACACUGCUUGCAGAGAAGGAACGUCGCAGUACUUCGUCAUCACACCAAAACUGCUGAAGAACCUCAAGUACACAGAGAAGAUAACCAUCCUGGUUGUCCACAACGGCCCUCACAUGUCAGAGUUUGACAACAGAGAAUUCAUUCGGCACUGGCGCCAAAAGAAGAACGCUCAGGCGUGA